AUGAAAAGAUGUUUCUAUUUAUUUUUAUUCUCCAUCAUAUUUAUUCUUAUUAGGAGCGAUGAACCAACUAUAGAAAAUGGAAUUUAUGUUCUUACUGAUAAUAAUUUUGACUCUUUUCUAGAAGAACAUCCAACAGUUUUGGUUGAAUUUUAUGCCCCUUGGUGUGGCCACUGCAAACGGUCCCAAUUUUGGUCGUACCUCCCUGAAACUUGCACAUUGUUCAUGGUUGUUAACGAGGCGCAUCCGAAAUAA